AAUUUCCUAACUCCCAAGAACAAAAGAAAACUCCUUUCUUCCAUUCUUGGACUUUUUCUCUCACUCUUGGAGCGAUGAAUCUCCUACAAUUUCUUCUUCUCUCCGCCGUUUCGGUUUUAGCCGUUGUCUCCGGCACAGUGGAGGAGACGGCCCGUGAGAUUAUUGAUGCAUUGGCUCAUGCCCCUUUUGAAGAAUGGUCAUCGGUUUUCUUAGAAACCAAUGACCGGAUCCGUGCCGAGGUUAUCCCAUCUACCCUCUUCAUCCCAAACUCUUCCGCCAACGUGAGCGAUGAUAGACACAAGGUGGCUGCAUACCACGUUGUGCCUGAGAGGCUUGAGUUUGCGGAUCUUCUCUUGAAGGCAAGUCAAUCGAGACUACCGACUCUUCUCAACGGCUCCUCCAUUCUGGUAACCAACAAUUCUGCUUCUUCUUUUACUGUCGACGGUGUUCUCAUCAUAGAACUUGACAUCUACGUGGAUUCCUUCAUGGCCAUCCAUCGUAUUGCAACUCCGCUUGAUUACACAACUUACGGUGGCGGCUCUAAGCUUAUAUCGAAAUGGCCACUCUUUACCUUUAUGCUUUUUACGGUUAUGUGGUUCAUUUAAUCUUAGUGAUAUGAAAGGAUUGAAGUCCCUAAUCUACAAUAUGAAAGUCUCUAAUUAAAUGAACACUUCAACUUUUU